UUUCAAACCAUCCAAGGAAUUUGCAGAAAGGGUGUGGAGCGGCCGAUGUCUUUAUAUCUUCUUGUCGUGCGUCCCUGUUUGUGAUUUCUAGAUCGCCUUCCUCUGGUUUCUACCCUGAUAGAGUAGACGUGUACAGGGGAUCCUUGUUUCGGCACUUUCACACCCCGCGCUGUUCCAAAAUGCCAUUCAACACCGCACUUACCCGCAAGUUGGGCAUCACGGUCCCCGUCGUCCAGGGUGGCAUGCAAUGGGUUGGAUACGCUGAGCUUGCCGCGGCGGUCAGCAACGCUGGCGGUCUGGGAAUCCUCACUGCGCUCACGCAACCAACUCCUGAGGACCUCCGCAAGGAAAUCCGCAGAUGCCGCACAAUGACCAACAGACCCUUCGCCGUAAAUAUCACUCUUCUCCCAGCCCUCGUUCCACCCGACUAUAGCGCCUACGCCCAGGUGGUCAUCGAUGAGGGAGUGUGCAUCGUCGAGACCGCAGGCAACAGUCCGGGCCCAAUCAUUGCCCAGCUAAAGAAAGCCGGUAUCAUCAUCCUGCACAAAUGCACCACGAUCAGGCAUGCCAAAUCCGCCGUGAAACUGGGUAUUGAUUUCCUCUCCAUCGACGGCUUUGAGUGUGCGGGCCACGUUGGUGAAACGGACAUCACAAACUUCAUCCUCCUUAGCCGGGCGCGCCAGACUCUCAAAACUCCUUUCAUUGCCUCAGGAGGAUUCGCGGAUGGACAUGGCCUUGCUGCUGCCCUAGCAUUGGGUGCGGAAGGUAUCAACAUGGGCACACGGUUCAUGGCAACUAUCGAGGCGCCUAUUCACAUGAAGGUAAAGCAGGCUAUUGUGGAUGCCAGCGAGGAAGAUACCCAACUUGUCUUGCGGAAGUGGAGAAACACCACCCGACUUUUCAAGAAUCGCGUUGCCGUAGAUGCAUAUAAUAUUGAGAAGAAGGCCGUAUCGGAUGACUUCUCACAGAUCGGACCAUAUGUCAGUGGCAAGCGUGGACGGGAAGUAUUCAUCAAUGGGGAUAUUCAUUUCGGCGUUUGGACUGCUGGUCAAGUUAUGGGCUUGAUCCACGAUAUCCCAUCCUGCAAGGAGCUGAUCACCCGCAUCGAAAAGGAAGCCGUUGAAACAAUGUCGAAAACCAGCAGCCUCUAUACGCCAACGGCUAAGCUGUGAUUUCACAGUCAUAGUUGCCUUUUCAACUUUUCAUUCAACUCUAGUUUUGGUUAUGGGCGGGUUUGUCGACUUUGAUUUUGUUAAUGCAUCAGUGCUGAAUUUAUUUUGGGCACAUAGAGCAGCGGAUGGAAUAAGAUAUUCUAUCAUCGGGUCUUUAUUAUGGGUUUGUAGAACACUUUUUUAGGAAUACACAUAUUUAUCCUUGAUUUACUCAACCAUCUCUUUGCUUGACAAGGUUGCGCCGCAGGUUUUUUAUUUUGUUUUAAAAGGAAAGACAAUAUCAACUCAUUCAUUCUAUCAAAUGGGAGUGGCGUCUUGGCUCGAGGGGGGAAAAAAAUUCCAGGGCGCCGCAGAGCGAGACAACUCGCGGCUUCAUCAUCGCUUGGGAUAUUGCAUCAUUCGUUUUGGAAUUGCACUAACUCACUACCCCUUUUCCCACGCAAUAUAUGUACGCGACGAGCGCCAUCAGAAAUCG